CAUCAGGGAUAACUUCAAUGUUGACACAAGUUUAUUUAAACUGUUUGGCAGAUCAGAGUGAUUUGGAGAACACAUCAAUUAAUUGGGCAAAAUGCAAUUAAGGUUCGAGCACAAACUUUCCAAGUCUGUUUAUACUUUUCGAUGGCGGCUAUCAAAUAACCAUGAAAUUAAAAUUGCAGACGCUUUCUUUUCUUUAAACUGUAAUGCGCAUGUAAUCAGUUGCACGUGAAUUCAGGGCGUUCGGCUGAUGGAUAUGGUACAAAUAGUUGAAAACAAUUUCUUUUAAGUUCUGUCGAAUACAUAAACGCUAGCGCAUAUGAACAUAUUUGAAAAGCUUCAAGACUGAAUAUAACUUAAUUGCAUUUGCUUCAAGAAACAAUGUCCACCCUUUGAAAGCUUUCAUUCAGUCUCGAAAAACUGACCCCCUGACCUGGUUUGCAUUACAAAACAUUUGAUCAAGCGUAUAACUUUGGCAGCCCUAAAGCACGCAGUUUUGCGUAUGUUUCCGGAAUUGAAUACAAAUUUGUCGUUGUCAUGAUUACAAAAGGACUGGUUUCACGAGAAUUGUCAACGUUAUGAAGGGGCUAGACAUUCUGCACCGUACAAAGCCUUUGUGUAGUUUAAAUUUGAGUUGGUAGACGUCCUCAGUGACUACCAAACCAUCAUGGUUCAUAUGGAUAAAUGCUCGGUCUUUGUUCGAUGGAGUAUCUUCAUGUUGAACUGUUUGGUCUGGCUUGGAGGUGCUGUCAUGCUCGGUGUAGCCAUAUGGGUUACCACACAGGACACAGAGUACAAACAUCUGGCUGGGAAUCUGUAUGUUACAAUUGGUUACAUUGUUCUGUCAUCAUUUGUAUUUAUCAUUGGAUUUAUGGGGGCAUGCGGAAUCCUUUUGUUGAAAAAAACUCUUCUGAGAGUGUACUUUGGCCUGAUGUUACUGUUACUUCUGAUGGAACUUGGAGUAGCUAUCUAUCUCUAUAUUGAGAAAGAUAAGAUCUCAGAUCAUAUCACUGCAAACUGGAACCAAACAUCCGAUGAAGCUAGAAUCAUUAUUCAAAAAGAGUUUGAAUGCUGCGGUCUUAAGCCACUAAACCUAGAACACAAGUCAAGUUCUGACAAAUCCUGUUUUGUUGAUAACGAUACCACAAAGGAAAGAUUAAAGGAUUGUUACACACACCUCAUGGACUGGAUAAAGGCUAAUCAUAUUAUUCUGGCCACAUGUUCUGCUAUUGUGGCUGCUUUGCAGCUGCUGAUACUUGGUGGAACCUGCCGACUUAUUUCAGAAAUUGAGUCUGGCGACAGAUUUGUUAACCGUACUAGAGUAGUGCCGUUCAAUGUCCACCAAAAUGCUCAGCAUCUACCACAAGUGCAGCAGGCAAACCCCGGUUCAAACCCUCACCCAAACCCUCAAAAAGCUGCUACUGUUACUGCUGCUGCUGCGGCAUUAACUGCUGCUUCUUCAUCUAAAGCGCAGCGCAACAAUGCUAAUGAUGAUUCUGAGGAUGGGAGCAGAAAAAGCACUGCGAGAAAGAACUGGGCCAAAGUCAACCCAAAAUACAAUGCAGUUUUUAGCUUACUAGACUAACAGUUUUAAACAUAAAUUAUAAAUUUAUUAGGAAAACAUUGAUAGAUAUUUAUUACGUUUAUGCUAGUCUUAGUAUAUACUGCAUGCAAGGACACAUUUUUCCUGGUUUUGCAGCAUCAAGGAGCAAAACUCAGAAACCAAUGACAUUGAUAUAUCCUUGAUUUCCAGUCCAUACUGUGCACUCUCAAGAGCUUGUUUACAGUUUUUGUUUUGUUUCAUUUUGCA